AUGAUUGGGGAGAGCUUUCCGCGGUUGCCAAGCUCGUUGCUAUUCGACGCGUCUUUCGUUUCCGCUUGGGGCCAAUUGGGACACUGCCGCGCCCUCCGUCACGGUGCAGCAGCAGCUCCCAGAGUGUGCGUCCCUGCGUCACCGUGGGCCGUCUGUUGUCCUCGUCACCGCAUCAACCAAGAGGAAGACCCUGGGAAGAUUUGCAUGGGGCGGACGGGUCAACUUGUCAAGUGUCUCAACGCCCAAAAGCAAAAUGUCCAUCUGUCCAGUGGAAAUUGGGGGUUCUGUGGCAAGCCGCAAAACGGUCUGCUAGCCAGGGAUCCGGAUGCAUGGGGGUCCCGCGAUAUGCAAUCUGCAAUCCUCCUCUCCGCUGCCCGACCUUGGAGGAACACACCCGUCGGUAUUCAACCACAGCCAACCAACCCGUUCCCCGUGCAGACGCCCGUCACGUAA